UCAGAAUAACAAACCUGAAACGCUCUUUCCCCACUCUACUUCCACCCUUGAGCUAACCAACUUUCUCUUCCACGAUCUAAUCGCCAUUAACCGGCCUGAUCUACGUCUCUGAUCCACUCUUUCAACUUCAUCGACUGCUAGGUUUCCUGCAAACACUUGCUUAGAUGGUUUCUUCAGGGGAUUGUGUACGAGAUGAAGUUGAUAAAGAUAAAUUACAGAGCCCGGAUGCUGGAAGGAAGGCAUUGCAACAUUCUGAUAGUAAAGUUCCCUCACCACAAUCUGAUCAAGGAGGAGAAGCCCUCUCAAUUAAAUCAGAGAAAAACCUGCUUUCGCAAUCGGAGAAACUAGGAAAUGCUCCCUCUAUGAUGACCAAGAUGACAUCACUGACUCCCUCUCCAUUGUCUGGUAUGGAGGGGAGAAGUCUUGUAGUACGUGAGAAACCAUCGGAGGAUGGAUAUAAUUGGCGUAAAUAUGGGCAGAAACUUGUUAAAGGAAAUGAAUUCAUUAGAAGUUAUUACAGAUGUACACAUCCAAACUGCCUAGUGAAAAAGCAAUUGGAACAUUCACACAACGGGAAAAUGGUUGACAUUGUGUAUUUUGGUCAGCAUGAUCAUCCAAUGCCACUGAGCCUUCCUCUAGCUGUAGAUAUUGGUGUAUCUGUUGUUGAAGAGCGACCAGAUAAUUCAUCUGCAAUUGUUGUCAAAGACGAGUCAUUGGAUUCACAAACACCUCGCCAAAUAGAGCCAACAGGUGGUUCUCAAGCUUUAGUUAGUGCUGUCAGGGAAGAUGUUAAAGGUACAUCUUCAAAAUCAAAUAAGAUACAGAAUGUUGCUGACAGUGAUGAAGAUCAUCUUAGCUCAAAACGAAGGAAGAAAGAGAAUAGCAAUGCUGAUGCAUCUCCAGUGGAGAAGCCAGCCAGGGAAUCACAUAAGGUUAUUAAGACUCUAAGUGAGGUUGAUAUUGUAAAUGAUGGGUACCGCUGGCGCAAAUAUGGGCAAAAACUAGUUAAAGGCAAUCCAAAUCCGAGGAGCUAUUAUAGGUGCUCAACAGCUGGAUGCCCCGUCAAGAAACAUGUUGAGAGGGCUUCUCAUGAUGCUAAAUUGGUUAUAACUACUUACGACGGAAGACACGACCAUGAUUUGCCUCCAAGUAGGACUGUUGUAACUACUUAUGAGGGGGUAAAUGUUCAUUCAGUAUCUCAUCGUGACAAACCAAGCACAAAGGUAGAAGAAAGUCGGACCGUCUGCCUCGACAUUAUUGUUCAUCCUAAUUUUAAAGUCGAGAGUAAAUCAAGUGAAAAUUUGAAUGGUGAGUCAAGAACUAAGUCGGAAGUAAGCGAUAUUGUUUGUGUUGGUACAAUGGAUACACCUGUAUUAUGCCUUGAAAGUGGAUCGAACAAGCAAAAGAGUGGGAAGUUCGAUCCUAGUAAGGAAAAUGAUGCAGUUGACCAUUGUACAAUUGUUCGUGGUACAUCAAGUUCUCAACGUACAUUAAACGAGCAACCAAGUAGCAAAUCGGAAACCAAAUCAGAAAAUGAUGCCUUUUGCAUUGAUAAGAUGGUCCAUACCACUCCACAUUCAGAGUGUAAUUUAGAUGAGCAACGACUGCCAAGCGCAGAGCCCGUUCAAAGCUGAGUGGGGCAGAUGGUUAGUUAUAGUCGCAAAUUGCGGUGUAUUAAAAUGGAUCUAUUUGGGGUAUUGAAGUUGAGGGUGCACUUCUUAUCCAUAUUAGCAAACCAUGUGUAAACUUUAUUAACCUGUUAAAUAAUGCGAGAUUAAAAGUGCAGUUAUUUUUAUUUGACAGUGAGAUUUGAUAUGGAAUGUGUUAUUGCUAAUCUU